AGAUGCAAAAACAAAGCACGGCGGCGGCGCGCGAUCGAUCGAACUGUUGUAGAACCGGUGGUAGGCCCGCGCGCAGCUGGUAUUUCUGUUGCUAAAUUCGACAGUCGACGCGCGCGCCGUGCCGAGGGGCAGCCCACAAACCAAGCGCCGGUUUGAGAACUUGCCCACAGCACAAGCGACAGCAAAGAUGCCCAAAGACACGAAAAAGAAGAAGGUCAAGGGCGGCAUGGACGCCGAGCUCGAAGCUUUAUUAGGACAGCUGAGUACGCUCCAGGUACGAGUAGGCGGCGGCAGCGCCGGCACGACAGAAGCCUCUAGAGCAGCAUUGGCGCGCGGCGGCGUCGGCGCGGAUCCUUUCUUGGAUCUGAAGGAGGCCAUGCUCGCGCAGUUGUCUGAUGUCCGUUCCAAAGUGAGAGAACAUCAAGCGAAGCCGGCGAAGACGCCGAGGGACCAAAUCGCCCGCGAGGCCGAAGUGAAGAAAGCAUUGCGUAAAUUAAGACACGACUGGCACGAUUUGGAUACGAUGAUCCAGGCGGAGCUAAGACGGAAGAAGCCGCGGUAUGAGAAGGACGAACUGCAGAUGCGCGAGGAGGUCGUGUUAAGGCUGAUGCGGGAGAUCGACGCGGCUCGUACAAUGUCAAAACAAGCGCGGAAUGAAGUCAAGGACAUCGAGACGGGCCACUCUCGCACCAUAGUGAAGAAGGAGGACCACGAGCUCUUCCAGCGGCGCGACGACGACGAUGUUGUCCGCGAUGAACCUCGAGAAACAAUCUCCGAUCACCAGCAGCAGCGGAUGCAGCAAUUACAGGAAAGGGAUAGGCAGUUCGACGACCAGAUCGCGGGGAUUGGCAGAGGCGUGGAGGAACUGGGUGUCUUGGCGUCGCGCCAGGCCGAAGAGGUAACGAAGCAGAGCAUCAUGCUCGAGGACCUGAACGAGCGCGUCGAGAACGUCCAGGAGCACGUCAGCCAGGUCAAUUCCAAGAUGAAGGAUACGCUCGACGUCGUGGGGCGGUCGUCGGACAAGCUCUGCGUGGACGUCAUGUGUUUGCUCUUCCUGAUCGGGCUGUGCAUCAUCGCGUACCAGCUCCUGACUAAGAAGAACUAG